AUGACUAUCCCUUAUCUAAUGUUCCGCUUUUUACACUUCACACCUUGUCCCAUUCUGUUUGGACACUAUCACCAGAUCACCACCUUUGUUUUGUUACUUUCUUCUACCGUCCCCUGCGUCGAUUCUCGAUGGUGUACAAGGCGAGACUGGUCAUCCCCUCCGGACUCUCGAGUGGACGCUUCCAGGCGGGUCCUAUAUUCCUCAGUCUUCCUAGGUAGUCCUGGUGAUGCCAGUAAUACGAGUAUUGGCAGCGGUGAAGGAACGGGGGAGGAAGAUGACGAUUCGAACGGCAAGAAAAACCAGAAAAAACGUGGCAUUUUUCCUAAGGUCGCAACUAAUAUUCUAAGAGCGUGGUUGUUUCAACAUCUAACGCACCCUUACCCUUCAGAAGACCAGAAAAAGCAGCUAGCACAAGAUACGGGGCUGACGAUAUUACAAGUAAACAAUUGGUUCAUCAAUGCGAGGCGGAGGAUUGUACAGCCAAUGAUAGACCAAUCCAAUCGAGCAGUUUAUUCUCCGAUUUCAGUGUAUACCCACCCAGGUCCGUCAGCUGGUUACCCAGAUGCUAUGAGCUACAUGAUGGAUGGCCAGGCGCAAAUGAUGCACCGGGCACCCGGCGAUCCAACGUUCCACCAAGGAUACCAUUAUCCACCGGCGGAGUAUUACCCUCAUCAUUUGUAAUAAACCGUAAACUUUUGAGUGUUUAGUUUAGAUAAUUGUGUAAUGAAUUAAAUCUUGUAUGCAUCACACGCAUUCUAAGGAGAAGUAAUGCGUGGUAAACAACGCUUCCCAGUGAACGUAUUGCACUAAUUAAACAAUCGAAAACAAUGUGGCCAUCUAGAAGAACCAAAAAUGCGAGACAAUUAGCAAGCACAGAAUGUUGAACUUUAUAAAUAGUCCAGAAUCAUCGUUUUUGGGAGUAAGUCAAAAGAAAUGGACAAUGGCAGCUGUGUCACGGGUAAUAGACAGAAUCGUCACCAAGCAGCAACAAUCUCACACACAGAUGUCUCCAUCGAUACCUACUGAGCAUUCGACAAAUUACAUCAAAAUUCAUUCUACUAGCCUAAAGUUCAGUGAAAUUGAACAUAUUUAUUUAAAAAGCCAUCAACUUACGUUAAUUCUACUUGGCAUCUUAUUCAACACCACUUUUAAUUUGCAUACUUUACAUGCAUACAAUAUCAACCAAACAUUUUUUGUAGUUUUUACUAGAUAUUUAUUUGCUAUACUUAUGUAAAUAUAUAGUAAUGUAUAAGUUAGCUCAGC